AAUCAAACCAUGUGACUGAGAAUAACAAUGUUUGAAUGUCUCUUUCGUAAACAAGAGAAACUUUUGUUAUUUAACUAAUUACGUCGGAGUUCGUGAUAGGAGGCAAUCAUCUCCAAUAUGAGUGACACAUUAGACGCCAGUAAGCUCAAAGUGGCCGAAUUGAAGGCCGAACUGCAGGUCAGGGGGCUGGAUACGAAGGGAAAUAAGGCGCUGUUGGUGGAGCGCUUGAGGGAGGCCCUCGAACGGACUGACGACAACGACGAUGAAGGGACAGGUGCUAGAGAUUUUGAGCUGGAGUCAGACCAUGAUGAGCAAGAGGAAGAGGAGGAGGAAGAUCUUGAUUCAGUGCAUGAGCUAGAGCCUGAACCUGAGUUAAAGCGUGAGGCAGAGCAUGACAACAAGCCAGGUGUAAAGUUGGAACCAGAAGAUGAACUUGAGCUAGAGCCAGACCAUCAUUCAGAACAGAAACCAACAUCACUUCCAAGAGAGGAUGAACGCUAUCAGACAGGGGUGAGCUCUUGCUCAUUACCACAUAAAGAUGUUCAGUCUUUGGAAGUAGAUUUUGACUUCAGCCAUAGGCACCAAGCCAGAGACAACACUGCAGUCAAAGAAGCUGAAGAUAAAUAUGACAAAAAGGGUUCUGAAGAUGCACCUAUGGAAGAUAUGUCUGAGGUUAAGCCAGAACUUGGAAAUGGGUAUGAUGGUUCCUUGAAAAGUGAGGAAGUUGAUAUAAAGGAAGAGUCAAUUGAACCAGAGCAGAAGCCAUCCAAUAAAGAAGAUAGACAAGGAGGAAAGAGAAGAGCCCAUUUUCAAUCAUGUUCUCCAGAUUCAAAGCCAAAGAAGCCAAGACUGAAAGUUGAGGAAGAAGUUAUUGUGGAAGAUGAACCCGAAUAUGACAAAUCAGCAGUAUUAUUGGACUGGCGUAAGUACAGUAGCUGUUAUCACUGCAUUUAACCUCUUCCUACUUUUCUUUUCCCAAACUUUUUAUGUACACUUAGUAUGUAUUUGUUGUGAUUAAUUGUAAUAUGGUUGUUUCACUUUGCAUGUGUGUGUAUCUCUGGGCCGGAUUAAUGGGAGGGCAACGGGCUAUUGCCCCAGGGCCCCCCACACAGAAAGAGGUGAUUUCCAUGACCCAUUAUACAUUUUUUCAGGUUUUGGGUUUUCAUUUUCUUUUUACCACCUUAGUGACCUUUUGUUUUCUGUUAUCUUUUCAUUUUUAAUCCCCCUCUUUUUUCUUUUUUUUUAUUUCUUUCCUCACUGUCUUGUAUUUUCUUUCCCUUAAAUAAAAAAAGAAAUGUAUUGGUAAAGAGAUAUCACUUUGUUCAUGUUAUCUAUUAUUCUAUUAGACCAGUAGAUAGGCUAAUAGAACUAUUGUACUGGCAAUUGUUUAGAAGUUUAGAAUUACAUAAAUUGAAAGGAGUAACUGCUAUUUUAAUUAAGAAAGUUGUUGUCAGUCGAGUCCGACAUUUGGUGCCGUGAAUCCAGUGAUUACAAAGGCGUGUGAAGUUGAAUUUUAUUUGUUCCGAUACGUAAUACAAACCUUCGGUCCUUUAACAAUAAGAAUAUACUUUUGGCGUAGCUGGAAUUACGGCCGUUGAAUCUUGAACAAGGUGGUUAGGCAGUAUAUAACUACCGUGGGACAGGCUAGCCUGCCCGGAUGUAAACACUCCACUUUACUUUCGGGCGUCUUCCUGUCUUCUUCGGUCCCGUCUUCCGAGGAAGACGUUUGUUUGUGAGCUCCGGCUGACUGGUCGUUAAUCUUUUUUCCCGGUGGGAUCCUUUUGGUUUAUUUUUUUGUUUGUUCCAAUACGUAAUACAAACCUUCGGUCCUUUAACAAUAGGAAGGUACUUAGCGGCAGCUGAACCGGUGGUAAGCUUCGAACAAGGGGGUUCGGUAGUUAACUACUUGUCCGGCAGUUAGUGGUACGCUUGACUGCGAGGCGAGGAGUCACUUUGCUUUCGGC